AUGGAUUACAACAACGAAGACAUUAAUGAAGACUCGGAUGAAAGUUAUGGCAAAGAAUUGAAUGAAGAUAUGACUGAAUCGACGGAUAAUGUGAAGACAAAUGCGAGAAAAAUACAAAGAGUAAUGAAAUGGGAUUCAAAUCAAUCACUCUCUGAAUCCUUGCGAUACAAUCGGACAGAAAGAAAGAAAUACUUUGAUUUCAAUACAAAUGCAUUCAUUUGUCCGAUAAAUGAGUGCCACAAGAGUUUCGGGACUGAUAUUAGAUUUUACGGCCAUUUAUAUGGCACUCAUUCUAACCAAGCAUUUAAGUGUAAAGUCAAAGGAUGUGAUAAAGUCUGUAAGAAUAUGACUUGUCUUAGUUCACACGCCAGAACCCAUGAGAACCGACGGAUCAGAUAUCGGUGUGAAUACAAAGAAUGUCACAAAACUUUUUUAAGUAGACCCGGUCUGAAGAAGCACUCCAUGACACACAGCACUCAAAGCACUUCCACACCAAUUGUCAAGAAGUUUAAGUGUCAUUACAGCGAAUGCCAGAAGAGGUUCGCGAGAAAAGAAGGUCUAACUGAACAUUUGGAGAGACAUUCAUCUGUGAGGCCCUAUAGGUGUGACUUCAUUGGGUGCGGGAAGUGCUUCAAGACAUUCCCUGAUCUCAGACGUCAUUCAUUAGUACACAAAACGGGUCCCACUUUUAGGUGUGAUGUCGACCGAUGUGUUAAUAUGUUUUACACCGAAUACCACCGAAGCCUUCAUCACAAGUCUGUUCACAAUUACUGUCCAAAAGAGUCUGCGGUUUAUGUCGAGAAAGCGAUGGAAGAAGUCAUUGAAGACUUGGAUAACAAUUGUAUGGAAACGACAGAAACUAUUGAUUCAAAUAAUGACAAUAAGUCUAUAAAACAGGAAUCAGUGAAAACAGAUUCAAACCAUUCAACGGCUGAUAUACUGAUCAAUAAUCGCACGGAAAGAGAGAAGUGCUUUGAUUUGAAUGCAAAGACAUUUAAAUGUCCGCUAAAUUGUUGCAACAAAAGUUAUGCGACAAAUGCGAGGUUUUUAAAACAUUUGCAUAGAUUUCAUACGAAUAGACGCUUUGAAUGCGAAUUCAAUGAUUGCAAUAAAGUAUUCAAAACACAGUUUGAGCUGAAAAUCCAUUCAGGCAUUCAUUUAAGCGAUAAACCAUUUAAAUGUCAUUAUAAUGGCUGUGAUUAUGAAACGCAUUCAAAUAAAAUAUUGAACAGACAUUUUGUGAUCCAUUCAACGGAGAGACCAGUGUUUAGAUGCGAUGUCAUUGACUGCGGGAAGACAUUGAAGAGUAAAUUGUCUCUCGAAAAGCAUAUACAGAAUAUGCACGUAAGCGGACCGACACUCAAGUGUGGAAUCAAUGGCUGCAGUGAUAUGUUCACAAAUGAACACCAAAAACGCAAACAUCAAACCCUUGUCCACAAUCGGGAACCGCUCGCUUACAAGCGUCUGAAACACCGGUGCGAUUGGCCGGGAUGUGAGUGGACGGGCAGAGGGAUCGCCGAACAUAAGCGCUCACAUACGGGCGAAAAGCGAUACCAGUGUUUAUGGCCCGACUGUGGCCAACAGUUCCGAAAGAGUUGUCACUUAACUAAUCACAUGAAUGUUCACAACAAUGUUAGGCCCUAUGCCUGUCAUUGGCCCGGAUGUCAGUAUAGGGCCACUAAUAGUGCUAAUCUUAUCGCACAUAUAAAACAAGUCCAUAAAAUGUGA